AUGAAGCCAUCAUCACUUUCUUGUGUUCUCCUACGUCUCUUCAUCAUCGUGACUACAUGCUCAAUCUCUUCCAUCACUACAGUCAUCUCUGACGAUGUUAUAGACAUUAGCGGAGAGCUCGUGAGAAAUGGUGGGAAAUACUACAUCAUCCCAAUGGAAGGUAGCGACUACCCCGUCCCAACCAUGCGUGGCAGAAUCAAGCUAACGGACAGUAUUUACGGUGAGAAAAUUUGUCCACUUGACGUGGUGCUUGAUCCAUCGGAUGAUAAACUAGGAGAUGGGUUCUACUUUUCUCAGCUUACUCGACAGUUAUAUCUCCAGUCAUCACGCAUCGGUAUUGAUUCGGGGCCUCCUGUGGGUGAAUGUGAGGCGUCGACAUCUUGGACCAUUCCGGAUGCUGAAGCAGAGGCUCCUUCAAACUUGAUUACAACUGGUGGUGGUUUUGUUGGACUUUUUCAGGUUGUGAGGUAUAGGCCAAUAGGUCAAGACAGGGUGUUUAGGCCUCCUACCUACAUGCUUCAGUAUUGCCCUGAAACUUGCUUUAACAUAAGCCUUUACUCAUAUAACGGCCUCACACGUCUUGCUUCCAGUGGUGAUUCUCCAUUUGAGUUUGGAUUUCUUAAGGCCCAAGCAUCUAAUGAGAUAUAG